AUGCAGAAGAAGAAGAAGAUGGCUACCAAAGGUCGACCCAGGAAAAAAUCCCCAGUUCAUGAGGCUUCUGAAGAUAUCCAGAUAAACUUGUUAGUCACAGAUCAGGAUGGGCAUCAUAUGUACUUCAAGGUGACCAAAGACUUGGAGUUAAUGAAGGUAUUCAAAGAAUUCUGUGAGCGAAAGAACUUAGAAUUACGCUCCAUGCAGUUCCUACACGAGGGUACUCACAUUAAGGGAAAUCAAACACCAAAUCUGCUUAACAUGGAAGAUGGUGCGGAGAUCUUUGCCGCCAGACACCAACUUGGAGGUGGUGCUUCUGCCCCAUAA